GCUCUUGGCAACGGCUGGGUUUCUGCAGCUGUUUGGUGGUGCUGUGGCAGGAGGCUGCAGAGAGUUUCUCUCCACAGUUUGCGCUUUUCCGUUCUAUUUUCUUGAUCACAGGGAGCACAGAGCUGAAGUGGGAUUCUCCCCUGGGGCUCUUUCUCUGCCUUUAGCUGCCAUUUUCCUGCAGAGUGGGGCCAGUUAUUCGGUGUGUGGGUGCUGGGGCUGGACUCUCUUGGUCCUUCCUAGGGAUGGGUGUGUUUCUGGGCAGUUCUUGUCCUGACCAGCAGGCUGCUGUGUUCCCAGCUCUUUGGUGGGUGGUCUCCUUCUUUCAGAGUUUCCUAUAUAAGGCACUUGGUACCACUUUGGCCUCUUGCCAGGAUGUUGCCCAUGUGAAAUCCCAGCUCCAGAAAUCUCUGAAGGGCACAGAUUACAUGAACGCUUCUGAGAGAGAGCACGUUGUGACCAUCCUGGCAUUCUCAGCCGAGGGCCACCUGGACCUCACCCUGGGCACAAUGGAGGACUUUGGUGCGGCUCUGAGUAAAGUGCAGGUGUCUGGGAUAGUCGGCCGCCUGCAGGACUAUCACCAAGGGAAAAGAGCCAGGACCCACAGGGCCUUGAUACUGGCCUACAGCCGAAUUGCUGUCCAUGCCCCCCGAACACAGCUGCUCCCCUGCGUGGAGCAUGAUCUCACCAGGAAGGUCCUGCAGUAUUACAUGACCAGCUGCCAGGUGCUUGGCAUCAACUUUGUCAAUAAGGACUUCAUGAAAGAGGAACCAAUGGAUUCCUUGGCCUCUCCUGUUCGCCUCAGGGCCAUGCUUGCCAUUAAGCACCUGAGCAAGGUGAAACCCUCACUAAAUCGGGAUGAGAACAGAAACAUCCUGGAUGACUGCUUAAAAUGCCUGCUGCCUCUUCCAGCUGUUCAGCAGCUGAGGGAAGAGGGUGAGACCUCUCAGGACGCUGUCCAAGUACAGGCACUGCACGAGUUGUCCAUGCAGGCCUUGGGCGAGCUCAUGAGGGGCCUCCUUGAAGAAGACCCCGCUGAGAAUUGGUUCAUGGAAAUGGUCCAUCUGCUUGAGCCGUGGAUCUUCUCUGACAAGGAGUGGGAGAGAGAGAGGGCCUUGCAGGCCAGCUCCCAGCUCCUUGUUGCCUAUCAGGAGACGGUCUAUUGCAGACUACAAGAGCCUUUGGAGCAGUUUGGGUCCCUGCUGGGGCUGCUGACACCAUACACUUGCAGCUGUCUUGCUGCAUCCCGCCUGUGGGCCGCCGACUGCAUUUUCUGCCUUCUGCAGCUACAAGGCCAGUCCAGGACAAUGGAUGCAGCAGAGGGGGAGCUGAGAGGUCUCCGGGAGGAGCUCAAAGCUGCCAGCCCUGAGGCUGUGUUGACAUCAUCCUGCCAAAUGGCGAAGGUCACUGGCAAAUUCUUGCCCUCCACCCAGGCCCUUGAUUUGGUGGGGACAAUAAUGGAUGGCAUGCUUUCUGCCAGCCCCACGUGUGCCACAGCAGCAGGCCACUGGUUCUGUGCAGUCCUGAGGGAGAAUGGAGAUGCCCUUCUGAAUGAGGUGCCGGACAUCCUGUCCACUAUCUUUAUACGGAUGCCAACAAUGCAGGAGAGGUCCAUGCGAGGCUUCCUGUUAGAAGGCGUUGGCAUUCUUGCCAUGUUUCACCUAGAGGCAGUGAUCACCAGCCUCCUUGCCAAGCCUCUGCCAAUGGACAGUGACACCUCUGAGCUCUGGAGGCCUUGGGGAGGGAUGACGUCUCCACCCUCCAUAUACUCCGUUUGCUUCUGGAGAAGAUCCACUAUCCAGCUGGCACAGAGGGUAGCCCAUCUGAGGGCACUGCAGCCCUGGGACCUCUCGCAGCAACAUGUGCAUCUCUGGAGAUGCUGACUACCAUGCACUCCAGCUCAGUCCUGAGGGAGCUACUCCCCGAGCUCCUGUGUGCUCUUCUAGAGCAAGU